ACCCGCCUGAGCUGACCAGAUCCUGUGUCACAGUUCUGUUUGAUCUGUUCUAUGAAAUUGGGCAUUCAUGUUAAGGGGAAAAUUGAAUCAGCUGUCCAAUUGUCUCCUCAUGAAGGAGUGUCAAAAGCCCUCAAGCUCUACCCCUCUCUUCCAUCUCUCUCCCUCUCUCUGUCUGCCCUCUCCCACCAUCAUUCCACUUACUGUACACAAGGGCCCUUUUUGUGUGGAAGAUCAUCAGACUCACAUGGUUUAGAGCGAGGGUUCGGCAGGACAGUGUUCAGAGGAGGACAGAACAGAGGAGUGCCUUGAACACUAAAACUACACAAUCCUGUUUGUGGUCUAGGUAGGUGGGCACAGGAACUAUGGAAAACAGCAAGACAGAAGAACAAAACCAGGAAAUGGAGGAGGCCAACCUAGAGAUUUUUCAGCUGCAGUCCUUGGUGGCAGAGCUGCGUACGUUGCUGCAGGGGGUGUUACAGGACAUGGCUGCGCUGCAGCAAAGGGACAGCAGUCUGGAAGAGAGGGCUCAGGCACACCAGAGAGACCUGGAUGACAGGAUCAUGGGAAUCAGGAACUCGCUCAACACGUUUAAGGAGGACCUGAGCAGUGCUCUAACCCAGAUAAAAGAGGUUAGCAACAGACAGAAAGAGCUACAGGAUGGCCUGGAGUUCCUCCAAUCAGAGAACAGCAGAGAGAUCCGGCCCAUUCAACAGAGAAAAAGUUCCAAAGGGGACUGCCAUGGGGAGGGCCAUGAGUGUCUCUCCAACCAGACAGAGCUCAACGUCAUCCAGCAUUACUUCGCCAGCCUGCCCAGCAUCUCUCCACACAGGAGCAUAGCCUCGACACAGACCUCUAACUCAGAGCAGGAGGCAGCCAGUGGCCUGCCCCAGAGGGGUCAGUCUAAGUCUCCAGUGUGGACAGAAUCGAAAGAGAGCCGGGACGACACGGAUGCACAGAGUGCCUCAGAAAACAAUAAGAGGCAGAUAGCUGCCCUGGAGCUGUUGGAGUCAGAGAGGGUGUAUGUGUCGUACCUGUCUCUCCUGCUGAAAGCCAACAUCACCUUCAACAGCACAGAGGACCUCCACACCAAAGACAAACGGCCAUUCCCCAGUUCUCUACGUUUCCUCAUCCAGCAACACCUGGAGCUGCUUCACACCCUGCAGGAGAGGGUGCUCAAGCGCCAGUGGCAGGGCAUCAUGGGAGAUGUAUUCAUGAGGCUCACCAGCAAAGAGAGUGAUUUCCUGGACUUCUAUGUGUCGUAUCUGAAGGAGCUGCCUGAAUGUCUGUCUGUGGUCAACAUGUUGACCACCACCUCACUAAAAGCAGCCGGCCUGUUUGAGUGUGACAUCAACGGGGACGAGACGACACGCCCCUCUCUCCACACUCUGCUUCUCCAGCCAGUGCAAAGGAUCCCUGUGUACCUUCAGCUGCUGCAGACUCUGUUGAAGCAGACGGAUGCAGAGCACCCUGACUACUACCUGCUGCUGGUGUGUAUCCAGCAGGUCAGAGCCUUCACCACCCAGUACGCCCACCUACUGCAGCACAACAAAGAGCUGCUCCUGCACAACCGCAAAGAGCUCAAGAGGUCAACUAUGAAGCAGUUCUUCAAAAAUGUGGACUGUGGUAACGUGAUGCAAGCCAAUGAGAUGGGCUCCCCUUACCCCACCAGCAACGCAAUACUAGAGCAUGGCAACCAGGUGAAACGCAGCAAGCAGAGGCACCUGGAGCAGAUCCAGUCUAGACGCUUCCUGGACUGGGAGAGCGAGGCUCACCACUCCGACUCCCCCAUCCCAUUUUUCUCCCCUGACACCAACCCUCGCCUCAAACCCCCAGGCCUGCAGAGUAUCCCUGAGAUGGGGUCAUCAGAGCAGCUGCCCGGCAAACGGCUGACCCCGGGCUCAGCCCUGUCCGAUGCUCAAGGUGAGUUCCUUCGCCCUGGGGACCCUCCAGGCUUGGAGGGGCUGUAUGAGGAUGUGGACUCGUCCCUCCACAACGUGUCCCUGUUCGACCACUACUCCAGUGCUUCGUCCGACUCUAGUAUCGACAUCGCCUUUGUGCGCUGCCCUAAGAGCCAUCAGGCUGUUCGCGAGGUCUACAACAGAGGGGGCAGCCGGGGGAGCAGGUACAAGCUGCCUGGCCGGGGUUGCGUGUCGACAGACGAGGCCCAAAUGAUGCAAGCUCACCACCACCGCCCCCUGCAGGCCGCUCAGUGUAAGAGCAAAUCCCUGAACGGGUUGCAGCUGGACAGCACUGUGAGUGGGGACAGUGGCCCCAGACAUCUGUCUGACCACCUGAGGGACCACGGGGCCCACCAACAUGCCAAGCUAGAGAGGCAGUCCAGUAAUAAAUAUCACCCACGCAGCAGCAAGAGCCAGAGCAGCAACAACAGCCCCAUCAGCCCCCCGCAGCACAAAGCAGAGCCAGAAAGACAGAUAGCAGCCACUGACAAGGAGCUGCAUAACAACCACAACAAGGACUCUGGGAGCCCACCCUGGGGGGAGGAGCCAAGAUGGAAGGCUGAGGCGAAUUACCACACCCCCUUCAGUGAGAGGAGCCGGAAACAGGAGAAGGGAGGCUUCCGUAGCUCCUUCAAGAAGCUCUUCAAGAAAAAGUCGGGGGGAGGAGAGAAAGACAAGACAGACAGCCAGAACUCUAGUGAUCACGAGGCAGGCAAGACCCCAAGAGUCACCCACCUAGGCAUCGAAGGUGGGACUGCCGUGUGAAAAGUGUGACUAGAGCGUCACCAGCAGAGAAACACAUUGCUCUGAGAAAGGCUUCAAAUAGGUGCCAGUGGAAUUCUAGGGGUAUAUAGACAGUGUACAAAGCAUUAGGAACACCUGCUCUUUCCAUGACAGACUGAGCAGGUGAACGCUAUGAUCCCUUAUUGAUGUCACUUGUUAAAUCCACUUCAGUGUAGAUGAAGGGGAGGAGACAGGUUAAAUAAGGAUUGUGUAUGUGUGCCAUUCAGUGAGUGAAUGGGCAAGACAAAAGAUCUAAGUGCCUUUGAAUGGGGUAUGGUAGUAGGUGCCAGGCGCUGAACUGCAGCGCUGCUGGGUUUUUCACGCCCAAGUCUCCCAUGUGUAUCAAGAAUGGUCCACCACCCAAAAGACAUCCACUGUGGGAAGCAUUGGAGUCAACAUGGGCCAGCAUCCCUGUGGAAAGCUUCCAACACCUUGUCGAGCCCAUGCUCUGGCAAAUUAAGACAGAAUGUUGAGGGCAAAACCCAAUAUUAAGGUGUUCCUAAUGUUUUGUACACUGUGUACAGUGCAAUACAAACUAUGUAUAUAAAACAUGCUGGAAGACCAACAGACAUUGACCUACUGUAAAAAUGCUGUAUAGGUUUCUUCAUUUUUAAGUUAGUAGUUUCCAAUUUGAGAUCUCUUCCAUAUCCAUGGAGAAAAUAUAUUUUGCAUACAGUAUACUCAUUAACAUAAAGAAAUGUGCCAUCAAGAAAAUCUCUAUCCCCAAAUCAAAAUAGAAUGUAAAUUGUGACAAGACUUAAAUUAAACAAUAAGUCUGUUGUAAUCAAUAUUUGUCAUACCUCGUCAUAACCAAAGAAUGUCUGAAAACGAUCACACAAGUUAGUGGCUGCUUAACAGUUCUUCCCUUUUAAAAAUGUGCAACUUAUCUACAAAGCUAGCAAACUAGACAAUGUGAAACUUAUUCAACAUUUAUUUUGCAUUUCAAUCAAUAUUUCUCUACGACAAACAGACACACAAGCUUCAGUUCCUUCUUUUAAUGUGUUAAUCUGUUACACAUUUGAAACAAAAUAUAGGCAAUUAUACAGUAUGUAAAACCAACAGAUUUUAUUUUACACUAUAUACAUAUAAUGUGCAUUGCAAUAUGAAAAUGAUAAUGCGCCAGAAAGGAAGUUAGUUUGUCCAUAAUCAUUACACAUUCCUACUGUGUAAAUUAAAACCAACAUGACUCUUGUAGUGUUUUUACUGACUUUGUUUUCUUCUUCUACACAACUCGUUUCCUUUUGUUCAACAUUGCACGAGGUAGAGACACCGCACUAAUUUUGGCCAUAAAUCGAGAACACAUUUUGGCAUUACAUUACAAAAAAAAUGUAACAUUCAUAUUCUUUUUACAUCUUCACUGAGUCCAACAGUAAGGAAUGUGUUUUGUCUAUUUGACUAUAGUGUAUAUGAUCGAUAUUACCAUUGAGAAUUACAUGAUGAAACGGUGGUGAUCAAAACAGUACCGCUAGAGUCCGUUUAAGUUUGACCUUUGACAUUUCUCCCUCCACCGUCUCAUUAUGGUAUUUCAGUAAUGUUCAGUGAGUGUUCCAUAAUAAUUCUACCUAUGCUAAUGCAACCCCUGUGUCACAGCUUGUGAGAACAUAUAUAUGUAUACUUAAAGUUUACAAGCACAUAUACAGUUACAUACAACAGCACUUUUCUUUUCUUCAAAUACCUUUUUGUGCAAAUUUUAACACCAGUGAUCCCACAGUAUUAAAAAAAGCAUACAACUUAGCUGGGAAGUAAGCCUGCAAUUAAAACAGUUUGAAAUGUUCAUCUCAUAGAGUUAUAAAUGGAAGCUAAGAAUGAAAUGGUUGAUCUCCCAUUAGAUAUUUCUCAAAGCGAGUUCCCACAUUUGGGAUGCCGAUGCGUGCAGAAUGACAUUACCAGUAAGUAGGACUUUCUUGCUGCUCAGACUUAGCCAAACCUCAGAGGGGAUCAAGUCCUGUCCCUUGUCACAUGAUUAGAGAACAAGAAGUCAUUUUUAGUGCUCAAACUGACCCCCUGAACCACCCUUUUAAAUCUUUACAGUCUCCAUACCGGUACAGAACACCUAUCUACAUGACCAGUCUUUAGUUUACAACCCCGGAGUAGCCAGGGUC